AUGGCGGGGGUCCUGGUCGAAGAGUUCCUCCCCUACCUCAGCGAAGCCGUCAAGCCACUCCUGGUGGCCCUGUCCAUCAACGCGGAGAUCAAGCACUCCAACGCCCCCGACGCCACCCUCGCGAAGGACGAGCUAGAGGCGGAGGGGCUUACAGCGAUGGCGGUGGACCUGAGGGGCGUCGGCCGCCAGGUCUUCGGCGUGAACACGAGCCUCAUGCAGGCCAAGGAGUCGGCCUGCAAGACUCUCUACCAGUACACGGAGGACCUUGGGGAAGGGUUCGCCCCCCACGCCGCGGAGACGCUAGCGGUCGUGAUCCCGAACCUGGGGCCCCGUAAUGCGAUAGGGGUGCAGGUCAUCAGCUCCGCGAUUGUGCCGAAGCUGGUCGCCCUGGCAGAACGCCGUGCCGCCGAAGCUGUGGCCGCGGGGGCGGGAGCGAAGGAAGUGCAGGAGGCGCAGGCCAUGCUGGACGCUGCUGUAGACGCGCUUACGGAGAGGUUAAGCGGCGGCAGUGGGAAUGACUGUGCCCAGCAGCAGCAGCAGCAACAGCAGCAGCAGCGAGAAGAGCCAUUGGAGCGGAGGGACCAGGAGCGACAGUGCGUCGCCGCGGAUGCCCUCUCCGACCUCCUGGAGGGGCGCUGCGGGGGUGGCACACAGGGGCAGAAACCGAGCGUGAUUCGUCUCUCGGACGAGAGGCUCCUGAAGACGGUGACGGGGUUGCGAAACGUCGCCGCCGCGUCGAUCGGGAGAACGAGGGCGGCAUUGGCGGCGGCGGCGGCGGGGGCGGGAGGAGGGCUUGGCGGACAGGGAGGGAUGACGGGGGCCGUUGACGCGGCGGAACUCCGGGAGCUCGAAGACGGAGAGGAGGAGCUCCUCGUCUCGGUGGUCGACGCCACGGGGUGGAUGAUCAAGGGCCGAAAGGAAACCUUCCUGCCGGCCUUUGAGGCGGUCAUGAGGCCGCUCGUCGUGCAGCUCCUGGACCCCGCCGCCGUCGCUGCCGUCCCUCCGUCGCACCGCUCCUUCGGGCUCUGCAUGGCGAUCGACGUCCUUGAGCACUGCGGGGAGGGGGGCCGAAACUCGGUAUUCCAGGCGCCCCUCCUGCCGGCCCUCCUGCAGGGGGCCCGCGGGGACGAUCCGGCGGCGGCGUCCACCAGGCAGGCCUGCGCGUACGGCCUGGGCGUGGCCGCGGAGCUCGGAGGGCAGGACUUCGACGCCCACAGCGCAGAGGCUCUGGGGCUUCUGCUCGCGCUCGCCCGGAAGGACCCCGGCGACGACAACGACGACGAUGACGGUUGGGGAGAGGGUGCGGUAAGGGACAACGCGGUGUCUGCCGCGUUCCGAGUGUUGAUCCACCGCCCCGGCCCGGUCUUCGCGGCGUUCCCCCCUGCCGUGGUGGGGUCCCUCCUGGACUCGCUGCCGAUAACGGUGGACGUGGCUGAGGGACAGGUGUGCCACCGGAGAGUCGUCGACCUCGCCUUCGCCCGCCACGAGCUGUUCUUCGGCGGUGGCGGGGACGGGGCCUUGCAUGCCGCGGCCGUUGUCCCCAAGCUCGUUACGGCCAUGGCGGGGAUGAUGGAGUACCAGUCCCGGGGGAACGGCGGGGACGGCUACGGCAGCCAGGAAGAGCUGUGGGAGCGGCAGCUCGUUGACCGGGAGACGAGGGAGAAGGCGGAGGAGGUCGUGGCGUUGGUGAAGGCGGUGUUUCCAGGGGAGUUCCAGAGGGCGUGGGAGGGGCUCGGGGAAGCGGGGCAACGGGCGUUGCAGAUGCCCACCAGCAGCGUUUGUUCACGGGCGGACGAGUCGUAGCGGUGCUCGGCUGAGAACAAGUCGGUGCGUCGCUAGGUGGACUCGCUCCUUGGUUUGUGGUUUGAAGGCUGGUGGUAUGUUUUGUGAAGCCCGGCAGUUGUGUGUACUGACCCGUUUUGAUGAAAGAGCCACAGCAGUUUGUAGUUUUUUUUUUCACGUUUUUUUUUUUGUCCCUUUUGCUUUGCUCUCUGCUGACGCGUGUACGACUGGUUUUGUUCGGUGGGUAUGUUGGAUUUUCAUCUCAGAGUUCCUUCCUUUGCCUUCUCGCGCCUACCGCAGAGCAGCGUGGUCCUUCUCUUGGGGUGUGAUAGACAUGCAUGCGCCUGUACUUGUAGUUCAGAAAGUACCGUGAGUGACACAAGAAAGCACACCCUGGUGAUAGGAUUGUUCAAAUUAUGAAGCUUAUCACCUAGUGUGCUUUCCUGGAAUGGGUGUGUUAUCUUGUGUCACCGGUGUGAUAAUGUACACGUUGACGGAGCCCGCAAUCAGGGGAUGAUAAGCCAAGGGGAUGUGAUACGCCAAAGCGGGUGUGAUAAAAUUUUUGCCUGCUCCACCAUUCCUUGAAGAGGUGUGAUAAAUGAAGGGGUGUGUAAUAACACUCAGCAAACUCUGUUGCGGGGUCACCAACCGACAAUGUUGUGCUGGCCUCGGCGGACGCUGUUGAGCGGGCUUUGGCAGCACUUGCGGUGGCUGGUGCAUUUGGCGUCUCAUCAUUUGACUUGGUCGCGGGUUGCUUCGAGAAAAAUGAUGUGAUCGCUCAUGGAGGCGCCGGCGUAGACAUUGACACCACCGUCUGAGCGACGUCACUUCCAGCGGGGUUGUUUCAGGAGGGUUGUCUACCUCCUUCACCUCCGUAUUGUCCUCGUUUGUGUGCAUACCAGCUGUGUGCUUCUGUUCGUGUGUGCAUGUCGGGCUGUGCACAUCCGUGCCACCAGCCACUAGCCACGAGGUGUGAAAAUGGAGGCUCCGUGAUUGGAAAUGCGGCGAGACUGUAGGGGGUGUGCUAUCUUUGAUGUCACCGGUGUAAGAAAUUGGCGUUUUUUUCAGAGUAAAAUUAUAUAUAUCACCGGGUGUGCUUUCCUGGAGAGGUGUGUUGGGGGUGUGCUUUCUUGUGUCACUUACGGUAAGGUUCGAUGUUAGUCCCGUGUGGAUGGUGCUUCCAUAGAAUAGCAAACGACGAAAUUCUUACCAUCGUUCCGCGUUACGGUGCUCAUGCGCCAGUUGGGGACGAAGAUCACGCACGGAAUCCCUCGCUUCUUGAAGAACUGUCGGGACAAAAGCACGGGAGGGCCGAAAGGCGGGCAGAGGUUCAAAUCGACCGAAGAGUUUUUUUGUAAUUAUU